AUGUCCGAUAUAUUGGAAGUUGUUGACAAUUUCAAUGCUAUGUCCGUCAAAGAUCCAUCUGAUGGUGAAGCAAACCUGAUGAUGGACCUCGUAAGAGCGAAGCACGACAUUUUUCAAGCUCAGAAGGCCCUCACAGAUUCAAUACUACAAGAACACGAGGUUUUGUCAAGCUUGUUGAGAUUCCAAGCUGAAACUGCAGGGAAGAGGUUGGAUGAUGUGGACCUUGGACUAGGAUAUAUGCGAGUUGUCUUCAAGAAGCAUGGUUGGACUCAUCACCCUCAGGCCCUUCUAUCCGGACAGGGAUGUCUGCAUGCCGACAACUUAGAAAAUGCACUGCAUCAUGACACACUGAUCCGGUACCUCCUCAAUGAGCUCUCCACAUACGAAAAUGACCACAGUGACACCCUCUGUCCAACGCAACGUGAGGCUGAUGCAUCUCUGCUUGGAGAGCACUUGCUCGUCAAGCCUGUGUGCAUCCAAGACCUGCAGUCAAUGCAGGAAUGCAUCUCAGCUGAUGUGGCAGGUUUGUGGAGUGACCUAUGCACCCUUGCAGCCACACUCUGCAAGGGACAGCUGACUCAUGCACCUGAGUCGCCCAGCCACACAAAUAUGUGCGACUUGGACACUCUGUACUCGCCAACUCUGCCAUCACACCCAGGCAACUCCUGCACCACAUAUCCACGCCUCAGUCCCCCCAAGGAACUGUUCUUGGCCCUGCCAUGCCCUGCUGUUCCCUCCUCCAUUCUCCCACAGCCCUCCACACUCACUCGAAUGGCAAACAGCCUGACCACUGGUUCACGCCUGCUACCCGAGAAGGGACUCAUCAUCCCUGAUAUCGUGAAACACUGGGCAGAUGGCGACCCUGAGCAUGGCUUGCUCAUUCCACUUCAAGAUUGGCUGCCUGAGUGGAUCCAUGGGAAGAACAAGAAUUUUUUCGCAAUGAAGUACCACCAGUGCUCGGUGAUCGCACUGGAGUUUCUCAACCGGUUUGACGGGCAUGAGCCUGCAUUUCUUGCCACAUAUCCAGAGGCCACUGAGGGCCACACAGCCUUGCUCUGCACAAUCAACUGUGUGAAGAGGGAGCGCGGGGAUAUCAUCCCUCGCAAGUGUGACCAUGCCAAUGAUCUUUAA